AGAUGACGAAAAGAAGGAGGAACAACGGUCGUGCCAAAAAGGGCCGCGGUCACGUGCAGCCUGUUCGCUGCACGAUCUACGCCCAGUGCGUACCCAAGGAAAAGACUAUUAAGAAGUUUGUCAUUUGGAACAUAGUGGAGGCCACCACCGUCAGGGACAUUUCCAAAGCGAGUGUCCUCGACGGUUAUGUGCUUCCCAAGCUGGAUGUGGAGCUGUGUUACCGUGUGAGCUGUGCCGUUCACAGCAAGGUGGUCAGAAAUCGAUCUCCUGAGGCCCGCAAGGACCGAACUCCUCCACCCCGAUUUAGACCUGCUGGUGCUGCCCCACGACCUCCACCAAAGCCCAUAUGA